AGAACCAAAACCAUAUUUUUCUUUUUUAAACUUCUCAUAUCAAACUAUGGAAAGGAUGAACAUUUUUAUUUCAGGAAUCAUUCAUUCAAUUAAAAUUAAACUGGCACAAUAAAAAAAUUGGACACUAUUUCUUUAAUAACAUCAAACACACUAUAUUACGGAUGCUACAUAUUUUGUUUAUAUUACAUAAUGUAAAAAAACAAAGUCUGACUUCAGAAGUGAACUUAUGAAACCAAUAGAUCAAGACUAAGAGCAACAUAGGACAAAAUGGGACUUUCAGCAGAGAAAAACAGAGAAAAUGUGAGAAAAUAUCGAGAGAAAUUAAAACAAGACAAAUCUAAAUAUGAAAAGGUAAAAGAAGUUGAUCGUAAAAGAAAUCAAAAAGCAAGAAAAGAGCUGAAAAAAGAUGUAUGAAAAAUCAGCCUUUACACGAAGCAAUGAAGGAGAAACAAAGAGAACGAAUGCGUGCUUAUAGAAAAAAGAAGAAAAAUGUGGAAAGAGAUUCAGAAAAAGACAAAAGGAUUUCUGCAGGUAAAAAGAUAAUGGCAGAGAAGAAAAGAAAAGAACAAAAAGCUAAAAACAGAAAGCAGAGACUGCAAGACAGACUGGAAAAAAAGGCGGAAGUAUCUAGGGUACAACGUUGGAGGAUGCGUAUAAAAUUAGAGCAAAAAAAACAAGAAAACCCAUUUGGAACUGAAAGAAAUGAGAGAAGGUUCAAGAAAAAAGCAAGAGAAAGUCUACCAAAAACUCCAAUAAAAAGGUUCUAUUUUAUUGGUUAUGCACCGCAACCCACCCCCCCUGGCUAUGCCUAUGCCUGUCGAGAGACAAAAAGAGAAGCGAAAAGACU